AGUAAUAUUAUGCAAAAAUCGGGCAUGUAAAAUGGUCGGCGAGGAAGAUGAGUAAGGCGGUUGGGCAGGUGUGUGCGUGCGUGUGUGCCAACGCAACCUCUCCCCCUCCCACUCGUUCCACUAAUUGCUUCCACUACGGCAAACGGAAAACACAGAGCCGGCGCUUUAUCACGCUUAUCAGCAAACAACGUAAGCGCAACGUAAUGAGUAAUCGCGUUAUGCUAACAGCUUUUCUUCGAACUGUUCAACCACCUGUAGCUAUAGCCACACAUUAUUCCCAACUUCCCGGCGAUGGCGUAAUUGUUUUGAUAAUGCAAACAAUGAGCGCUCGCCCAUUUUUAGCCGGCCGACAUUGAAGAGAAAUUAAAAGUAAAUAAUAGUGGAAGGUCGCGCUGAGUAUCGGCGUUUAAUAAUUAAUUUGUUGGCCAAUUUUGGCAAAUCGAGCUUGGCCGCGGCACUGCAUGUUUUAUGCUUUGACCAUAAAUGGCCGGGUUUUCCUUUUGGCUUUUCAAACUGUGUUGCCUUUUUCAGCGCACUGAGCAAAAUUAAAAAAAAAAAAAAAAA